UGUCACCCUAAGCAGACAAACAAAUCCAGCAUGAUGAAGCGCAAGAAUGGAGGACUGCAGGGUCCAGAUCAUGGUGUCCCUGAAGAGCUAGUCAAGGAUGGCAACCUGACCUCUGCUGCGGAAGGCUUCUUUGAAGCAAUUUCGGAGGCUGGUAUUACCCACUGUUUUGUUAAUCUGGGAAGCGAUCAUCCUGCCAUGUUGGAAGCCAUGAUCAAGGCAAAGCAAGAUAAUUCGCCCACCUUUCCUACUAUCAUCACUUGCCCUUCUGAAUUGGUCGCAUUGUCUGCUGCCCUUGGAUAUGCUCAAGUCACGGGAAUUCCGCAAUGUGUCAUCGUACAUGUAGACUGCGGCACUCUGGCCAUGGGGCAGUCUAUCCACAACGCUUCAGUUGGUAGAGUGCCAGUCUUAUGUUUUGCCGGGCUUAGUCCCUUCACUCAGAACGGGGAGCUUCUCGGAUCGAGGACGGAGUUCAUUCAUUGGUUGCAGGACGUACCGGACCAAGCAGCAAUUGUUCGGCAGUAUUGCAGGUACUCGGGUGAGAUUAAGACUGGACGUAAUAUAAAACAGAUGGUUUAUAGAGCAUUGCAUUUUGCAAUGUCCGACUCCAAGGGGCCAGUAUACCUCACAGCAGCGAGGGAGGUACUCGAAGAGCAUGUGGAACGACGAUUUUUAGAAGGGGAGAUGCUUAGUCCAAUUGUUCCCAGCGCCCUGCCAGAACCAGAGGUGGAGCUCAUUGCGAAAUCACUCAUAAACGCCGAAAGACCACUUGUUAUCACAGGGUAUUUAGGUCGCAAUCCACGAGCACCACCCUUGUUAGCAGAGCUUUGCGACAAGCUUCCCAUUAGUGUUAUUGAGACUGUCGGCUCCGACAUGUGUUUGCGUAGCGAUCACGAAGCAUAUCUUGGCGUUACUGUCACCACGCAUCCGGCAGUCUGCGAAGCGGAUGUGAUCUUAAUACUGGAUUGUGAUGUGCCUUGGAUCCCUAACGCUGGGAAGCCGCGGAAAGGCACAACGAUAUUUCACCUCGAUGUUGAUCCACUCAAGCAACAAAUGCCACUGUUCGCAAUAAACACGACACGCAGGUUGAAAGUUAGUUGUGAGGUUGCACUUUGGCAACUGAAUGCCUUCAUUGAUAGCCAGAGUAUUGAAAAGACAAGAUAUGCUUCGGCAUUUGAGGCACGGACAAAGCGCUACUCGGGUUGGAAGGAAGAGCUACGCAAUUUAGAAUCCCCAUCUGAGGACGGCACUAUACGCGUCUCCUACCUUGCCUCUAGACUGCGAAACCAUCUGCCAGAUGACACUGUUUAUCUCGUCGAAGCUGUUACUAACUCUAGCUCCAUUAUCCAACACCUUAAUUUGACUCAGCCAGGAACGCUGGUUGGAAGCGGUGCUGGUGGCCUGGGCUGGGGAGGCGGUGCGGCACUCGGAGUGAAGCUGGCCAAACCCGGAUCCUUCGUUUGUGCAAUUGUUGGAGAUGGGACAUUCCUUUUCUCACAAAUGGAGAGCGUCUAUUGGAUCGCCAGGAGGUACAACAUCCCGUUCCUCCUUAUCGUGUUAAACAAUGGCGGGUGGAAUGCACCAAAAUUAUCGGCUUUGCUUGUGCACCAAGAUGGUUUAGCUUCAAAAUCGAACAGACGAGAUCUCAAUCUAUCCUUCGAACCAUCGCCUGAUUACCCUGGGGUUGCUACUGCGGCAGGGAAGGCAUGGGGCAUUGCCGUCAACGAACAAGACAAGUUAGACUUCGCAAUCAAGGAGGCUGCAAAUGUUGUUCGAGAAGGGAAAAGUGCAGUCCUUGAAGUUCUAAUACCAUCCAUGUGGAAAGAUAAUUGAACAGGGUAUGGCCCUUCUGAACUCCCCGAUGUCACUCUAUAUAAUCCUCAGAUGGAUGGCCUCUUUAAAAUUAUCUUAUUCGCACAGUGACACCUGACUAUAGCGUUGUAACUAGUCAUUAAGCUUGAGUACAGAGUAUGAUCUCUGACUUGAGAUAUUC